UGCACCUAGACAUUCCAUUUUUGAGCCCAUAACCUAGGUUUGAGGUUCUCUUUAUGUUCUAGCUGUCCUAUCUCUGUUUCUAACACCUCUAGUGUGUGGUCACCAAUGUUGAUGUAUGGAAUUCUUUCUCUAUCACAAGGGUUAGUGAUCAAUAUUCAAUACAGUGGCACUCCAUUUCUUCCUGCAGCUCUAAUCCAUUUCUUCAUUGCAGGUGGUGAUGAUUUGGAAAUUGAGAACGAGGACGCCCAUGACAGAAUCCACACAGAGGAGAAGCCAUUGCCACUCUUGGAGUGUGGAGAGAGCUUCAGUCACAGUUCCCAUUCGACUACACACCAAAGAAAUGCUAUUGGGAAGAAACCCUCUCAGUUCUCUGAAUGGGGAAAAAAAUUAUGUUGGAAUGAAAGUCUAACUUCACAGGAAAUAAUUCCCACAGGGGAGGACCCACUGAAAUGCUUGGAAUGUGGAAAGAGCUUCAGUAAGAGUGCACAUCUCGUUUCGCAUCAAAUAAUUCAUACAGGCGAGAAACCCUAUCAGUGCUUAGAAUGUAGGAAAAGCUGUAAUACAAGCAAAACCUUCUGUAAACAUCAGAGAAUUCACAGGGGGGAGAAGCCAUUUGAAUGCCAAGAGUGUGGAAAGAGCUUCAGUCAGAGAACCCAUCUCACAGCCCAUCAAAUAAUUCAUACAGGUGAGAAACCCUAUCAGUGCUCAGAAUGUGGGCGGAGCUUCAAUCACAGGACGACUCUCACGGUCCAUCAAAGGAUUCACAGUGGUGAGAAACCCUAUCGGUGCUCAGAAUGUGGGAAGAGUUUCACUGUGAGCUCCCAUCUCACUUCCCACCAAAGAAUUCAUACUGGGGAGAAACCAUAUAAAUGUGUGAAUUGUGGAAAGGGCUUCACCCAAAAGGCAAGUCUCACUUCCCAUCAAAGAAUUCACAGUGGUGAAAAACCCUAUCAGUGCUUGGAAUGUGGCAAGAGCUUCAGUCUGAAGAAAAGUCUCACUCAUCACCAAAGAAUUCACAGUGGUGAGAAACCCUACCAGUGCUCGGAAUGUGGAAAGAGUUUCUGCCAGAAAGUCAAUCUCACUCAUCACCAAAGAAUUCACACAGGUGAAAAACCCUAUCAGUGCUUGGAAUGUGGCAAGAGCUUCAGUCUGAAGAAAAGUCUCACUUCCCACCAAAGCAUUCAUACUGGGGAGAAACCCUAUCGAUGCUUAGAUUGUGGAAAGAGUUUCUGCCAGAGAGCCGAUCUCACUUCCCACCAAAGAAUUCACACAGGAGAGAAACCAUAUCAGUGCUUGGAAUGUGGGAAGAGUUUCCGCCAGAAAGUCAGCCUCACUUCCCACCAAAGAAUUCACACAGGGGAGAAACCCUAUCAGUGCUUGGAAUGUGGGAAGAGUUUCCGCCAGAAAGUCAACCUCACUUCCCACCAAAGAAUUCACACAGGGGAGAAACCCUAUAAGUGCUUGGAAUGUGGGAAGAGCUUCAGUCAUAAGCAAAGUCUCCCUUCCCAUCAAAGAAUUCACAGUGGUGAGAAACCUUAUCAGUGCUUGGAAUGUGGAAAGGGCUUUGGUAAGAGGACCAAGCUCAUGGCUCACCAAAGAAUUCACAGUGGUGAGAAACCCUAUCAAUGCUUGGAUUGUGGAAAGAGUUUCAGCCAAAGGGCCAAUCUAACUUGCCAUGAAAGAAUUCACACAGGGGAGAAACCAUAUCACUGCUUGGAAUGUGGGAAGAGCUUCAGUCAUAAGCAAAGUCUCACUUCCCACCAAAGAAUUCACACAGGGGAGAAACCUUAUCAGUGCUUGGAAUGUGGAAAGAGCUUUGGUAAGAGGACCAAGCUCAUGGCUCACCAAAGAAUUCACAGUGGUGAGAAACCCUAUCAAUGUGUGAAAUGUGGAAAGAGUUUCUGCCAGAAAGCCCAUCUCACAUCCCACCAAAGAAUUCACACUGGGGAGAAACCCUAUCAGUGCUUGGAAUGUGGGAAGAGCUUCAGUAAGAGGACUAACCUCAUGGCCCAUCAAAGAAUCCACACUGGGGAGAAACCCUAUCAGUGCUUGGAAUGUGGGAAGAGCUUCACCCGGAAGGACAACCUCACUUCCCACCAAAGAAUUCACACAGGGGAGAAACCCUAUCAGUGCUUGGAAUGUGGGAAGAGCUUCAGUAAGAGGACUAACCUUAUGGCCCAUCAAAGAAUCCACACUGGGGAGAAACCAUAUCAGUGCUUGGAAUGUGGAAAGAGCUUUGGUAAGAGGACCAAGCUCAUGGCUCACCAAAGAAUUCACAGUGGUGAGAAACCCUAUCAAUGUGUGAAAUGUGGAAAGAGUUUCUGCCAGAAAGCACAUCUCACUUCCCACCAAAGAAUUCACAGUGGUGAGAAACCAUAUCAGUGCUUGGAAUGUGGGAAGAGCUUCAGUAAGAGGACUAACCUCAUGGCCCAUCAAAGAGUUCAUACAGGGGAGAAUAAUAGAAUUUUAGACCUGCAGGAGACUUCUGGGUCGUCUAGUCCACUGCAGGACUCUCAACUAAAGCAUCCAUGACAUAUUGCCUUCAAACAUCUCCUUACAAACCUCCAAGGAAGGAGAGUCCACAACCUUCCAAGGGCGUCUCUAAUUUGAAGCCAUUGGUUUGGGUCCCAGCCUCCAGAGCCGGUGAAAACAAGCUUGUUCAAUCUUCCACCUGACACCCCUUUCUGUUCCUCAGAAGACUUGGUUUCCCAACGCUUAAUUGUCUUGCUCACCCCCCCUCUGCACACCUUCCAGCUUGUCAAAAUCCUUCUUAAAUUGGGGCACCCAGAACUGGACACAGGACUCCAGGUGUGGUCUGAAAAAGGCAGAAGAAAGUGGGGCUAUUACUUUUCUUGAUCUGGAUACUUGACUUCUUUGGACACUGCCUAGAAUAACAGCCUAUUUCACCGGUGUUGACAUAUGUUAGUCUUGUGGUCCACUAAGACCCCAGGUCUUUUCCACAUGCACUACUGGCAAGCCCAGUAUCCCCCAUCUUAUAUUUGUGCAGCUGAUUUUUUUUUGGCCUAAGUGCAGAAUCUUACCUUUCUUCUUAGUGAAAUUUAUUGGAUGCCUUUAUAUACCACCUGUUUCUUCAAGAAGCUCAUUGUGGUCUUAAGUCGUUCUCCCCCUCAUCGUUUAAUCCUGACAACAACCCUGUUAGGUAGGUUGGGCUGUGAAGCCAUCACCCAGUGACUGAGUGGAGAUUUGAACCCAGGUCUCCCAGUUCCUAGUCCAAAACUCUUAAGCACUGCACCCCACUGGCUCUCGAAUGAGACUCUUGGAAAGUGCAUGCAUGCGCAUUUCCCGAAAGUUUCAGUGCAAUGUCUUGGUGUUUGUAUUUAAAGUUUUAUAUGCAUGUAUCAAUGACAUUAAUAUAAUAAUGGUAAUUACAGUAGAGGAGUAAAUUUUAGGAAAUGCUAGAUGGUGAUAGGCGUAGUUUGGAGUUUGGAAUGCUGGGAUUGAGCAAUUGAACUGAACAAUUUCCACAUAAAUCACAAGAUCUAAAAUAUAAAAACAAAACACCAACAGCAACAACCCCUCCCCCAAAACCCCCAAAUUCAAGAGUCUGUUCAGCAGCCUCAGCUUUUGCAGCUGGAGUCAAUCCAGGCUCUGCCCUCCCAGGCUAGGUGGAAAAGGUCUCUAAGGAGAGAGCCCAUCUUCUGGGACUUGCAGUCAAGAUGGUUGGCUGCAACCAUUGGAGGGUGGAAUGGAAUGGGACAGUGGUGGCAAUUGUGGAGCAGGGUUGGGUAGAGAGACAGCAUUAUAAUCCCCGUCGUUGCAGCUGUAGCAAAGUUUCAAAAGAAAAAGAAAAGAAAUGAGAACAUUUGAAACCACAUGUUUAUGUCUAUUUUUUAAAUAAAUCAGUUUAAUGAAUCGA